ACUCCACUCCCUCUCUUCAGUCUUUCCGUGUCGUGACGUAAGACGCAAAUUACGUACAACGUAACGCACGCUUUGUUCGGGAGCGCCAUUAGAACUUUGGAUUGGGCAGCUAAGUUGUGAGUAUUAACGGCCCGGUUCCGGUCAACAUGUAUCGACCCAAACCAACUCUGAAGGACCGACAACACCUCUACAAACUUAUCAUAAGCCAGCUUCUCUAUGAUGGUUACACCAACAUUGCUAACAGUCUCAUCAAUGAGGUCAAACCACAGAGUGUAGUGUCGCCGUCUGAGCAGCUGAUGCAGCUGGCAAAGAUAGGGAUGGAGAAUGAUGAUAGUGCAGUUCAGUAUGCCAUUGGGCGCUCAGAUACAGUGGCACCUGGAGUGGGUAUUGAUCUGGAAUUUGAUGCCGAUGUCCAGACCAUGUCUCCAGAGGCGUCAGAGUAUGAGACCUGCUAUGUUACUUCUCAUAAGGGUCCAUGCCGAGUCGCCACAUACAGUCGUGAUGGCCAGCUGAUAGCCACUGGCUCUGCUGAUGCCUCCAUCAAGAUCCUAGAUACUGAACGCAUGCUGGCCAAGAGUGCCAUGCCCAUUGAGGUGAUGAUGAAUGAAACAGCCCAGCAAAACAUGGAGAAUCACCCUGUGAUUCGGACACUGUAUGACCACGUUGACGAAGUCACCUGUCUUGCCUUCCAUCCGACUGAACAGAUUCUAGCUUCUGGCUCAAGAGAUUACACACUCAAAUUGUUUGACUACUCAAAGCCGUCUGCAAAAAGAGCAUUUAAAUAUAUACAGGAAGCAGAAAUGCUGCGUUCAAUCUCUUUCCACCCAUCAGGUGACUUCCUGCUAGUGGGAACGCAGCACCCCACCCUCCGCCUUUACGAUGUCAACACCUUUCAGUGCUUUGUGUCCUGCAACCCCCUGGACCAGCACACAGACACAAUUAGUGGUGUCAACUACAACCCCACUGCCAACAGCUAUGUUACCUGCAGCAAGGAUGGAAGCAUCAAGCUGUGGGAUGGUGUCUCCAACCGCUGUGUGACCACCUUUGAGAAGGCCCACGAUGGCGCCGAGGUCUGCUCAGCCAUCUUCUCUAAGAACUCCAAAUAUAUCCUUUCCAGUGGCAAAGACUCUGUGGUGAAACUGUGGGAGAUCUCUACAGGACGGACACUAGUCAAGUACACAGGUGCAGGUUUGAGUGGCCGUCAGAUGCAUCGCACACAGGGUGUAUUCAACCACACAGAGGACUAUGUGCUGCUGCCAGAUGAGCGCACCAUCAGCCUGUGCUGCUGGGACUCUCGCACAGCUGAGAGGAAAAACCUGCUGUCCUUGGGACACAACAACAUCGUCCGUUGCAUCGUCCACUCGCCCACCAAUCCAGGCUUCAUGACCUGUAGCGAUGACUUCAGGGCCCGCUUCUGGUACCGCCGCACCACCACAGACUGAGAUCCAUCUUGGUUCCAUGUUUCCACUCAACUGUUCUCCCUUCUCAUCUCAUCCCCCCUGGCAGAGAACCAAACAGAAUGCUGGACUCUUCUGUCUAUAUAACUGUCUGCUGCAGGAUUCCAUAACCUCACUGAUCUCAUCACUGUCUUCUGAUCUGCAUUUUUCAUUUUUAUUAUUUCCUUUGAAACUGUCCGGUGGAAUUUGUGGCACAGUGCUUAGGAAAAUAGAGUUGUCAUCACACAUCUCAAAGGGCAAGCUCACAAUGUUCAAGAGUGUCUUAGAAUAGCAGUCCGGUGUAUGUACAUGAACAGAUUUUGCUUUCUUAAAAGACUAACUUUUGAAAGAUACCCACUUGGUUGGAUUAAGUCAGACUUCUGAACCGCAUUUUAGCUUCAGAUAAACUUCUGAAUAUAUUCAGAACUGAGACUGUGGAUGUCGUCUGCCAUGACCCCAUGACUUCAUUUGAAAGUGCAUUAGAAGUGAUCUUUCAAAGACCAGCAGGAACAGGAUGAAUGAUUACAGCAAGCAAAACCUCUUUCAGUAUGCAUAUAGGGACUUGACUCAACUUGAAUUAAAAACUCUUUGACAAACACACCUUGUGAAUAAUAAACUGGACGUUUGCCUGAUUUAA